AUGAGCGGCGGAGGUGAACCAAUAGCGGAACAGUCGCAGCAAAGAGUGUCGAUCAGAGAAGACAAGGAUUCGAACCAGGAAUACGCCACCCCCCAGUCCCGUAGGAGGCUCCAAGGACACGUUCACGAAAACAGGGUAAAAGCCUCGAGCCGGAGCGCGAGCGUCAUCGAACUGAGCACCCCCUCGUCGUCGAAUUGCAGAGACGCGAAAGUGGACGAGAUGCUGGAGAGCGCUCUGAAAAACCUCGACGAAGCAGGCAAGGCACUGACGAUUUUCAGCGAAAAUAUCGAGCACGAACAGAAGUUGUUCUUGGUGGACCUCAUGAACCGGGUGCAUAAGUGGUUGGCCACGGUGGACAGCAAGGCGCGGUGGGCGCGCCACGACCUGCUGGAGCUGAGCAGCCAGCUGGCCGUCCAUGCGAGCGAGCUAGAGCAGAGCCGCCGAGAGUCGCAGCAGCUGCGUGACCAGCUGUCCCACGCCGACGUGGCAUCGCAGCGCGCGUUCGCUGAGAUUGAGUCGUCCGCUCAUCUUAACCGUCCGCAAGGCGGCACCGGGGCGGACCAGGCUAUGGGCCGCCCCGGACCGACGGCCGCGGGUGCCUCACCGGAGGCCCGCGACGGGCACCCAGCGGUUGCCGGCGCCGACCGCCGCACCGACCCCCGCGCCGACCCCCGUGCUGACCCUUGUGGCGAUCCUUGUGGCGAUCCUUGUGCCGAUCCUUGUGCCGAUCCUUGUGCCGAUCCUUGUGCCGAUCCUUGUGCCGAUCCUUGUGCCGACCCUUGUGCCGACCCUUGUGCCGACCCUUGUGCCGACCCAUGCGGAUCCGGCCCGGCCUCGCCCUGCGGGCGCGCGCCCCAAGUCCGCGAAGGCGACGUCGACCUGGCGGCCUGCUGCGUCAAUAAGCGAUGUCGCGCCCGCCGCGCUCCGCUCGCUCCACUCACUCCGCUCUCACUCGGGCGUCCGCCACGCGCGCAGUUGCAGGAGGAGAUCUGCUGCCUGAAGCGGGAGAACGAGCGCAUCGUGAAGGAGCGCGCCGAGUACGAGAACGCCAUCCAGCGAGCGCUGCUCAAGGGCGUGUCCUCGCUCAACGUCGAGGCUCUGAAGGUGCUGCGUUGCAAACCCGUGCCGAGCGGCCGGCCACCCUGCUGCCCGGCCUUCGCCUCCGUCGAGCCCGUCGCCGAAUCUCGGGACUGCGCCUCGGCCAAAGCGCCGCAGCGCGACCAGUGGGGCAACUCCGGGCGCGCCGGCGGCAGCAGAAGCUGCCAGUCUUCGAGCGAGGCCCUCCAUGGCUGCGGCAAAGGCGGCAGGGUUUGCCCUGGCACUGGCCACUCUGAGCGCAAGUCCAGGAAGUCCAAGAACUGCACGAUGCAGCUGCUGCUUCAUCAGUCGGACGCGGACAGUUUCGGCAUACAGACUGGAUGUGGUGAGAAUCGGACGGGUGUACGCUACCGGUUGGUGCAGUCUUUCUGAUUUUCAGGUGCCGGCAUCGCGAACUCGUCCAAUGACGGUGGCCAGCACAAAAAAUCUCAUUGCCAUUAUUGAAUCGGCCGCGAAGGCAAACUUACACAAGUUCGUUUUUUUAAUAUUAUCAAAUUGGCACUCAAACCAUAGUAUCGGAAGACGUUGAACUUUUAGGCGCAAGAGAGAGAAAAUAUAACGUGCGUAAUAACAAAUGACAUCUCUCGCUUCCAUAUGUGCGUAAUCUUGAACUAAUACAAUGAAAAAUAGCGUUUGCUUGGCGAUGGAGAGAAACAAGACAUUAAUUAACUACUUACCCUCGAUAUGCUUUUGCCAUAACCCUCCGUUGAGAGCAUGGCUUUGGUCACUCACUCUCGGACGUCUUCAGUAUAGGCCGGCCUCUCUAUGUUCUCGAUUUGAGCUUGCAGCAACAUCUUGUAGCUCUGAGACAUCCGCGCUAUCGGAGCGAUCGCGACUCGAUUGUCAGUGGUCCAACUCCAUUUCGUGCUAGAAGAUGUUUUCCUUGUAGCCUCUUGGCGAACAAACCAAAUACAAUAUUGCUGUAGUUUUCCAGUUUUUAAAAGCCACACGAUUUUAACUUGGGAAAUUAUGGGUUAUCUCUUUUAAAUCAUCAUAUCAACGCUCGGAGACUUGAUAAAAAUUAUCAUUUUAAUUUCAAAUUAUCGUAAUAACGAAAUACAAAUAAAUCUAUCGUUUUCAGUCUUCAAAAUAAUGUAAAAUAACGUCAGUUUCUUUUUGUCGUAACAUGCUGCAGGUGAACUCGACUUUUUUAGUGCUACAGUUAUGAAGAAUGAAAAAACGCGCUCCGCGGACAACUAACUGUAAUGCGCCUCUCAUUCUCACGCUUUUUUUUGUUCACUUUUCUUAACAUUAUACCAUCGAAUCACGUUUGUCAUUAACCCAAAAACUGGGGUUUUUAACAGCGAUAUUUUGUAGCUGUUAUUGUUAUUUCUUUUAAAAUACGAAUGUUAUAGUAUGCAAUACUUUUUUUAAUAUUACAACAUCAAUUGAAAAACAAUUGAAACAUCGAUACGAUCAUGGUGUUGCAAAAUAACAUUUGAAUCGACCUUCCCGAAAAGAAAUGUCAUGUGAUCGUGGGCAGAAACGUACGAGGCUACAUGGAGUGGCAGAUGCCUGAGUGACUUGCUGUAUCGCUAUUGCUUCCCCUUGCUUCGAUUUCUCUUCGUCUCGGUUCAUUACUGCUCACUGUUUUUUACCUACAAACCUUCAUUCAUUAUUGUAUGUAUUGUUUUAGCUUUUUAUCGACACAUGAAACGUGAAGAGAUCAAUAGAAAAUAAUCAGUGCUCGAGUUGAUUGAGAAUUUGGCCGUGUUUGAGCGAUCAAUAUGUACGUGCUUGAGAGUGAUUAAUGAGUGCAAUAGUAACAGUGAAUCACGUCAGUCGUCGUCGACACCUGUUGCCGCUAGCGAGCCAAUUUCCUCGUUUCGGUCGCACAUACACACGCGCGCGACUUAAAAACCCCCACCCUAGCCAAAUGCAAACACUUGUUGAUGGCCGUGAUUCUUGCGCGAGAAUCAUUGGAUGUACUUUCGAAAAGCGUCAUUGACAACCGUCGCUCGACGCUCAUUCACGUGCCGUAAAAUCUCUUGCUUUAAGCAUACUAUAAUGAAAUUUGAACCAACGUUCCUGUCAAUAGCUGACGAUCAAGUAUAGAGUGAAAUUUCAAGUUUUCGAAGAUAAGCUGAAGUCAUCUUAUUUAGGAAUUAUAACGUUUUAUGGACUGUAUAUAUAGGUAACAAUUUUCUUAUCGUAGUAGAGAUGACCAUAAGCCUCAUGUUUAAUCGAUCCAGCAUUCGAUCGUCUUCAAUGAGAUGAUCAACGAAUAUAACUUUUAUGAUUAUGUUCGUUUCCGAGUAAACUGACCAGCGUGCGAACGAAACUUCCAAAAAUAUUAUGU